ACAGUCCGAGCAAACAACCAAGACAGCAAGAACAAUCCCAUCUCACUCAGCUCUGAAAGCUUAGCCAUAGCUGGUGAUCGAAGCAUGGAGAAGUCCCUAGCCCUGGCCCUGCUGCUCCUCUCCACUCUCCUGAUCACCAACCAUGAGUUGCAGCCGGUUUCCGGGCAGGCCUUCUGCCGGUCGCAGAUCAGCCUGGCGAACGAGGCGUGCAGCCUGCGGAACUUCCCGGGGCCGCGGCCAUCCGUGCCACGCCAUGGCCAGCAGCUGAAUCAGCAGCUCAACGAGACCUCAGCGUCCACGGCGCCGCUCCGGUCGAGGGACGGCGACGAUGGCGAGGAGGAAGGGGAGGAAGACGAAGGGCGGCAGCACCGGCGCCGGCACCGGCACAGCAGCAGCAGCAGCAGCGCAGGAGGAAGCGAGAGGGACCCGUACGACACGGCGUGCUGCCGGCGGCUGAUGGCGCUCGAGAACGCGUGCGUGUGCCAGGCGGCGGCGCGGCUCCCGCCGUUCCUGAGCUCGGUGUGGCACGUCAUCAGGCUCACCCCCGUCGACGGCUGCAACGUCUCCUUCGAGUGCCCCGGCUCCUACUCCCCGCUCGGAUGAUCGGGAUCCUUCCUUCCUUCGAUCUCGAUCUCUGCGUACAUCGAACCGUCGAUUAGCUGCCGUGCGUAGAUCGAGUUUGAAUUUGAAUUCUAUUAGUACGUCAAUCAAUUGCAGUAAAAGAUGAAUAAAAAGAUGUUCGUUGUUGCC